AUGAAAAACCUCGAUGAGCGGAAGGAGAACGAAAAGCCGAUAAGGACGUUGCUUCCCAAUGCUCUUCACUUUCAACGAGGUGUGCAAAACAUUCGGGUACGAGACAUGGAGGUGGAGCUUCCGCUUCAUGCUAAGAAAGGCUCGACCAGUGAGCGCGACUACACUAACGUUCAGCGUGCUUGGUGGGACGCAAUCAAGGCAUGCUAUGAUAGUGUUCACAACUGUCCCCAGAGAAUGCCCUUGGAAAUGCGCAUAAUGGGAUCUAGCGAGAUUACCAUGGCACCACAGCGAAAUCACAAGCUCGGGACAUGCGCAAUUGAAAUCUUGACUCUGAAAGUAGUCGCUGAUAUUUGGGAACCAUAUGCCCAACAAGUUCUGAACAAAUGGGCUAGCUACAAGGACAACGAUAACAACCCUGUUGUUAUUAGACCGCAUUGGGCUAAAGAAUGGUACCCCUAUAAUAUUGAUGGCAAGCCCUGGAUCGAAAAGCUCAAGAAUGAUACCUACAAGAACGAAAUUGCCGAGUUCAAGGGUUUGUUAGCGGCAGUCGGCAAACUUCAUGGCUGGACCCUUGCAGAUCUUAAGAAGACGUUUUCUAACGAGAAAAUUGCUAAGGCAGCGCUGCUCAGCUUGAAGCAGCAAGCGCUAUCACCUCUGACGACCCAACUCAAUUCUGAACUUCUUUUGAAACUUGAGGUCUUUGAUAUCAUCACGACCAUCGACCCGAACGCGCGAACUACGAAUAUCGGAUCUCGCCAAGAGCUUCUCAUAUACUACAGAGAACUCUGUGGCGCUGGUUACUCCAUGCUGUUUAGCAUCCUCGUCUACCUCAACUCGGAAGGCAAGAUAAAUUUCAUUAAAGCGGACACUUGUGUUCUCAUUCUCACGGGAAGCCGCCGUGGCCAUGGAGUAUAA